UGAGAGUUUUGGGGUUUUUGUUUACACUUAACCAAUUUUCCCCUUUAAAAUAUUUUUCUUAGUAUCGAGCUGCUUUAGGGGUAGUUGAGCUGCUUCGGGUCAUGACAGAAAGUAAAAGUCUAUCAUUUAGCUCUGAAGGGGAAUAUUCCCCCAUCGCUUAUCACUCAGUCAAUGACCUCGGCUCAUCGGUCGUAGUUCCAGAACACAAGUUUCAUUUUCACCACCAAGGCACAAUGCUGUGCCUUUUCUUUUUAGUCGGUGUUUUUACCAUUCCAACAGAGACUGUCGCAAACUCGUACGUUGCAGGCGUGUUUGAGCACAGGGUCAUCUUAAACCCAGACCCCCGGGUCCCGGUGACCCGCCAGGAGGCCCUUCAGCACAUGACGAAAAACCUUGAUGUUUACGAGGAACAGGCCGCGCGCGCCGCGCAGCAGGGGGUUGACAUCCUGGUCUUCCCAGAGGAUGGAAUUCAUGGCUUUAACUUCACUCGUUCCUCCAUCUCUGGAUACCUGGAAACCGUCCCUGAUCCCCAGCAGGAGACCUGGAACCCCUGCAUGGAGCCCGGCAGACACAACAACACAGAGGUUCUCCAGCGAUUAAGCUGUAUUGCUCGCCGUUACAAGCUCUAUGUGGUGGCCAACAUGCCCGACCUGCAACCCUGCCCUCUGCAGAGUGACCCCUCCUCAUCCUGCCCCCCUGAUGGACGCUGGCAGUUCAACACCAAUGUGGUCUUCAGCUCUGAAGGCCUGCUUGUUGCACGCUACCAUAAACAAAACCUCUACUUUGAGGAUUCCUUUGACACGCCCCCACAGCCUGAAAUCAUUACAUUUGACACACCUUUUGGGGGAAGGUUUGGACUCAUCAUCUGCUUCGACAUCCUCUUCCAUGACCCGACAGUUACUCUUGUGGAAAGGGGUGUCCGUCAGCUGAUCUUCCCCACUGCAUGGAUGAACGCGCUCCCUCUGCUGGACUCCAUCCAGUUUCAGCGUGCCUUCAGCCUGGGCGCCAAUGUCACCCUGCUGGCCGCCAACACCCGCAACGACGGCCUCAUCAUGACUGGAAGCGGCAUCUUUACUCCGUUCUCUGCAACUUACCACCACGCCCAACCAGGUGACCCGGAGGAGGGCAGGCUUCUGGUGGCCAGAGUGCCGGUCUUGGAGGAGAGGGCGGAUGUGGCAGCAAAGGUUCCAUCUCCGUCUUUUGCGGUUGCUGACCACUGCGCCAAAGAGAGCUGUGCUGACCUCUCUGCUGACCCUGCUUCCACAUCCUUCAUCUCAGACAUGAUGCACGACCCGUUCACAUUCGUCCUCCUGAAUAAGAUGGAGGACAAUGUCAAAGUCUGCAACGGCACUUUUUGCUGUCAGCUGCAGUACAAAUGGAUGGCACAAAGCAAAGAGCUGUAUGCACUUGGAGCUUUUUCAGGGCUGCACACAGUGAACGGACGCUACAGUCUGCAGGUCUGUGCAGUUGUGCGCUGUGCCAGUGAGGACGCCAGCUCCUGUGGACAGAAGGUAGAAGAGGCAGAGUCUAGGAUGGACUUUGUGCUGGAGGGCAGGUUUGAUACCAAAUACGUGUACCCGUCGGUUCUGGUGAGCCCCAUGGUUCUGGAGCAGCCCGAGCAGCUGGAGAAAACGGAGGAUGGAAGAGUGGCGAUGAAACACGGCAGCAUGAGCGGGGGCCUGAUCACCGCCUGUCUGUACGGACGAGCGUACCACCUGGACAACGAAUGAACUGUCCUCUGAUACAAGAGUGACGGAGACGGUGAAAAACCUCUGAGCCAAAUAAAAUAUCAGAAAACAAA